CUUGCCCCUGGCUCCCUCAUAGCCUUCAGUUCCCCUUCCCCCAUCAGAUCUCCCUGACCUGGUUCUCUAGGGGCAGGGUGGUCAGGAGCAGCCCAACUCAGGAGAGGCAAAGCCCAAAGAGUGGCUGCUCACUGUGCCCCGGGUUAUGACGACCCCUAAUAAAGGAAGCAAGGCCUUGAAGGUGAAGCGGGAGCCAGGUGAGAAUGGCACCAGCCUGACGGAUGAGGAGCUGGUGACCAUGUCGGUUCGUGAGCUGAACCAGCACCUGCGGGGCCUGUCCAAGGAGGAGAUCAUUCAGCUGAAGCAGCGCCGUCGCACACUCAAGAACCGGGGCUAUGCGGCCAGCUGCCGCGUGAAGCGGGUAACACAGAAGGAGGAGCUGGAGAAGCAGAAAGCCGAGCUGCAGCAGGAGGUAGAGAAGCUGGCCUCUGAGAAUGCCAGCAUGAAGCUGGAGCUCGACGCCCUGCGCUCCAAGUAUGAGGCCCUGCAGAACUUCGCCAGGACCGUGGCUCGCAGCCCUGUGGCCCCAGCUCGGGGCCCCCUUGCCGCCGGCCUGGGGCCCCUGGUCCCUGGCAAGGUGGCCGCCACCAGUGUCAUCACAAUAGUAAAGUCCAAGACGGACGCCCGGUCAUAGGGACAUGUGGGAUUGCCGGGCAGGUCUUCGAGGGGCCACUAGGCGCAUGGCGAAGUCAGCAGCCCUGUCCCACUUCUUCCUCCUUUUCCCUCUCCUUCCUCUUCCCCUUCUCCCUUCCUUUCCCUUCCCUGAAAAGCACAACCUGUUCCCCAGGGGCACUGGGCUGAGCCCCUUUGAUCUCAUCUUGUCGUCAGUGCGUGUGUUUGUACGCUGGGAUUGGUCAGUUCGGUGGUGAUGUUGGGUUGCUCCUAACCCUCUCAGUACCUAGGCCAUGCAGGCUAGGAGUCUAGAGUGGGCACUAUGGGAAUGGACAAGAGAAUGGGAAAGCCAGUGAGCAAACUGGGCCUCAGGGUCUGCCCUCCCCUCCUGGGUGCCCACAGCCCACAGCCCACAGGCUGCCGGGCUCAAAUGGGACUGGAGGGGUUCUCUCUCUUCAGACCUGGCAGGCAGCUCAGCUCAGCCCAGAAGGAAGAGAGGGGCUCUGCUCUGAAGAGUGGGGUGUCCUUGAGGGCCCUGGACAGGUAGGUCACCUGCCUGGGCACUGUGGGUGCUGGGGCARGGGCUCUGGCGCUCAAACCUGACACGGUGCACUGAACAAGACCAAAUCACUGGCCGUGAGUGUGCGUGGAAGGUAUGUCAGUGUGUCCUGCAAUGGGUCCCGUGUCACUGUUUACAUGACCUAUUUGUGUGGUUAUAUAGCCCUUUAUUUAAAAGAGAAGUUCCUUUUACRAAGUUAUUAAAUUAUAUGUUUAAGAGCUAAAGAGAAAAAAAAGAGCUGCAGAGUAUUUAUAAAAUUGUCUUUUAAAAAAAA